AUGGGCGUUGAUAUUCCAUGUAUUCGAGAAAUUAUUUAUGCUGGACCACCUGCAUCCAUUCAACAAUACUUCCAAGAAACAGGAAGAGAUGGGCGAGAUGGACUUCAGUCUAAAGCAGUUCUUUACUACAAUAACAGAGAUAUUGGAAAGAACUGA